AUGAAUAAAAAAUUACAAAUUCCGAAGAUGUCGUAUUUGGGUUUUGAUUGCUCAUUUGAAAAAAAACUCCAGUGUGUUGUAAAUUCAAUUCCUUUUGAACACACACAGAAACACACACACAGACAUACAAUCUUUAACCCCUGCUGUGACUUACACAAGAUAACAUUUGAUACCAUGACAAAGAAAUCUAGUUUGAGCUUGCAGUUAGAAAAUAGCAACAAUAUUCACAACUUGCACGACAAUGAACAUGCCAUCUACUCGCAUGACGAGACUGAAGAUGAGGAUGAUCUUGAAGAGAAUAAAAAUGAUUAUGACCACCAUUUUAAUCAAGAUAGUGACGAUGAAGAUAAUUCACACCUUCCAAGAUCUUACACUUCAGCUAGUUUCUCCACUUCUGAAGAUAAAUUUAUGAAGGAUCACGAUUUGAAAAUGAAAGCUUUUGAAGCAUUACACCAUACCAAUGGCGCUUCCCAAGCACCUCAAUCUCCAGGAUCACCAAAGAAUAGUUUUGUUAAAAGAAGACCUUCAAUGAUUGAUAUGCCUCAAAAAUUCAAUCAUAUUAAACCACCAACUCCAAAUUCAGAUUUGCGUAAGAAUUUUGCAUCUGAUCCAAAUGCAUUACCUGAAGAUGUUCCAUCUGAUGAAUUGAUUGAAUUUUAUUCAAAUGUUAAAUCUUGUUUAGAUCUUAGACAUAAAUUCUUGAAUUUAUCAUUACAAGUUCCUGAACUGAUCAAUCCUAAGAAUCAACCAGGAUGGGAAAUUUAUCCUCCUCCACCAAAACCUACAUAUAAAUCCAAGAAUAGAUUCAACCAAAUUCCGAAAGAGUCAGACGAUUCUGAUGAAUUGGAACAAUUUGAUUUUAGUAAAUGUGAAAUACCAGAAAUUACAGACAGUCCUUAUUAUUUUACUUUGAGUGAUGAAGAUGUUUAUGAAGUUCAUGAGAAGAAAACUGAUAAAAAGUUGAUUCAAGUUCCUAAUUUACAUGAUUAUUAUUCAGAUUUGAAUAAAAUUGCAAGAAUUUCAUCUGAUGGUCCUACCAAAUCAUUUGCAUUCAAAAGAUUACAAUAUUUGGAAGCUAAAUGGAACAUGUAUUACUUGUUGAAUGAAUUUGAAGAAAACAAACAAUCUAAACGUAAUCCACAUAGAGAUUUUUACAAUGUUCGUAAAGUUGACACUCACAUUCAUCAUUCGGCUUGUAUGAACCAAAAACAUUUGUUGAGAUUUAUCAAAUAUAAAUUGAAAACUGAACCAGAUAAGCAAGUUAUAUUCAGAGAUGGUAAAAUCUUAACCCUUUCUGAAGUAUUUGAUUCUUUGAAUUUGACAGCUUAUGAUUUGUCAAUUGAUACUUUGGAUAUGCAUGCUCAUACUGAUACAUUCCAUAGAUUUGAUAAAUUUAAUUUGAAAUAUAAUCCAAUUGGAGAAUCUAGAUUGAGAGAGAUUUUCUUGAAAACUGAUAACUUUAUCGAUGGGAGUUAUUUGGCAGAAUUGACUAUGCAAGUCAUGGAAGAUUUAGAAAGUUCCAAAUAUCAAAUGAAUGAAUUGAGAAUUUCUAUUUAUGGUAGAUCAAUUCAUGAAUGGGACAAAUUGGCUGCAUGGGUUGUCGACAACAAACUUUUCAGUCAUAAUGUCAGAUGGUUGAUUCAAGUUCCAAGAUUAUAUGAUAUUUACAAGAAGAAUGGUAAUGUUAGAUCAUUCCUUGAUAUCAUGAAGAAUAUUUUUGAACCAUUAUUUGAAGUUUCAUUGAAUCCAAAAUCUCAUCCUAAAUUGUAUGUUUUCUUGCAACGUGUAAUUGGGUUUGAUUCAGUUGAUGAUGAAUCGAAAACAGAAAAACCAAUUCAAUCACGUAAAUAUCCACCAGCCGAAGAAUGGAGUUCCACUCUGAACCCGCCAUAUUCAUACUACUUGUACUAUCUUUAUGCCAACAUUGCCAAUUUGAACCAAUUGAGAAUUAGAAACAAGAUGAACACUUUUGUUUUGAGACCACAUUGUGGUGAAGCUGGUGAUCCAGAACAUUUAAUUAGUGCAUUUUUGACUUCAUAUGGUAUUUCUCAUGGUAUUUUAUUGCGUAAAGUGCCAUUCAUUCAAUAUUUGUACUAUCUUGAUCAAAUUGGUUUGGCCAUGUCUCCACUUUCCAACAAUGCUUUGUUUUUAACCUAUGACAAGAAUCCUUUCUAUAAUUUUUUCAAGAAAGGGUUGAAUGUUUCAUUAUCUACUGAUGAUCCGUUGCAAUUUUCAUACACCAAAGAGCCAUUGAUUGAAGAAUAUUCUGUGGCAGCACAAAUUUAUAAAUUAUCUGGUGUUGAUAUGUGUGAAUUAGCCAGAAAUUCAUGUUUGCAAAGUGGAUGGGAGGCAUCCAUUAAGAAACAUUGGUUAGGUAAGAAUUAUUUACUUGGUGGAGUUGAAGGUAAUGAUAUUGAAAAGACCAAUGUUCCAGAUAUCAGAGUUGCAUUUAGAGAAGACACUUUACAAUGUGAAAAGGAUUUGGUCCAUUAUUAUAAUAGUUUACGUAGAUCACUGGAUAGUAGAUCAUCUCAUUAA